CUUAAUUACACUCCGUAAAUCUUCGUGUGGACUUUCUGACUUUCUAUUUUCUUUACCUACAACCGGGCAUGGAGUACUCGUAUUUGAUUAGAAGUGGGCCGCUUCUCUGAACAAAUACAGUUUUGUUGUACGUUUCUGGACGCGUUUGGUAGUUGAGAAUUGGAAAUUCAACCAGCGGUGGAGAUGGACGGCGGAGACGCGGCGGUGCAAGAGACUGUGGCGUGUGCAUCUUGGAUUAGACGGCCGGGAAACGCCCAUCUCUUGGCGGUGGGGAAGUCGAGGCCUUCAACGCUCGAGAUUUUCUCCUUUGAUCCCAAAACCACAUCUUUUUGUCCUUCUCCCAAGGCCAAGUAUUUGUUUGAGGAAGGAGUCGAUCCAGUGAGCAUUGCAGCGCAUCCCAGUGGAGACGGCGUCGUUUGCUCGACCACCACUGGCUGCAAAUUUUUCGAGUUGUCUGGCCGGGAAGAUAACCUUAAACUCGUGUGCAAAGAAUUGGUUCAUCUUCAGGAUGUUGGCCAGCAGAAAUGCCUUGUUUUUAGUGUUGAUGGAUCUAAGUUGGCUUUGGGUGGAGCUGAUGGGCACUUUAGGCUCUUUGAGUGGCCAAACAUGUGCAGUAUUGUGGAUGAACCAAAAGCUCACAAGUCAUUCCAAGAUAUAGAUUUUAGUUUAGACUCAGAGUUCUUAGCCUCGACCUCCACGGAUGGUACAGCAAGAAUAUGGAAGACCAGUGACGGCGUUCCAGUGACAUCUCUCACACGAAAAGCUGAUGAGAGGAUUGAACUUUGCCGCUUUUCUAAAGACGGGACAAAGCCUUUUUUGUUUUGCGUUGUCCAAAGGGGAAAUAAGACAUUGAUUGCAGUUUGGGACAUGAUUGAGUGGAAGAGAAUCGGGCACAAAAGUCUACUUAAAAAGCCGGCUUCCAUAAUGUCAAUUAGUUUGGAUGGGAAAUAUCUUGCUGUGGGAAGCAAAGAUGGGGAUGUUUGCAUUAUUGAAGUAAAAAAGAUGGAGGUGUCUCACUAUAGUCGAAGGCUUCACUCAGGCUCAUACAUCACAUCGUUGGAGUUUUGUCCUAGCGAAAGGGUUGUUCUUACCACAUCUGCUGAAUGGGGAUUAAUAUUGACCAAGCUGAGUGUUCCAGCGGAUUGGAAAGAGUGGCAGAUAUAUCUGUUACUAUUAGGAUUAUUUUUAGCAUCGGCUGUUGCAUUUUACAUCUUCUUUGAGAACUCGGAUUCUUUCUGGAACUUUCCCGAUCCGUCCGCAAAACCAAAGAUGGACUCUGCUGUACUUGGAGACUCAACUACACCAGACGACCAAACCGUGUGGGGAAGUUUUGGAGUAGACAUGUAAAAUGAUCCCCAAGAAACAAGUAUAGUUUAGAUAGAACUCACACUAUUUAUUAAUGAUUGGAUUUUCAAGAUACCCAAAGGCCUACCCCUCCCUACAUUUGAUAUAUGUAAAUUUACAAGUAACACAAUACUUAUUUCGUAGUUCGUACAUUGUUCCUUUUCUCAGAGCUAUGUAUAUUA